AUGGAUUCAUUCAACGUUCAUGGCAUCAGAGUCGGGAAGGCUAACGCGAUCUUUAGGCACAACAAGCUUCAAAAGAUCACCACUUUGUUUAGAAUCAUGGAGCUAUGUGUUUUCUUGAUCAUUCUCUCCAGAUUUUCCAUUCAACUACCUCUUGCUUUCAAACUUUCUGGUGAAUAUUUCAGGGGACUUGUUGUCACCUUAAUUAGUCCCCUGUUCGUGUUUGUAAUUGGAAACGCGAUAAUCGUCAUUCUGUUCCUAAAAUCGGGACAGUUAUCAGCCAAAGAUGGUGUCUAUGAUGAGUACACGGAAAACUGUCGAAAGAAAUACUACGAGUACCAAAAACAUACUACCAAAAUUGCCUGCCGUGUAUAUACUACGAGUUGUGAUCACGAGGAAAGGAAAAUACACAGAAGUCAAUCAGAGAAAAUGGAAAGGAUGCACACCGAGAAGCCUCACCGGGAACUAAGCCGGUCAAUGACAGAAAGAUGCCGGAAAAGUGUGAAUUAUGGUAAGAAGCCGGUGGCUACUUCCUGUGCCAAGGAUGCAAUGAGUGACGAAGAGUUUAGGCGAACUGUUGAGGAUUUCAUCGCUCAACGACAGAGGAUUCUGAGGGAAGAAGAAGAAUUUUCAGCUGAAGUUUCAUACGAAACAUGA